UGCCUCCGCUACCAUGGUGAUGCAGCAGGGCGCAUGCGCCCUGCGUCGCUUCCGCCUGUCGGGCUCGCGGCUGUCGCAGGGACGGGCGGCAUGGCGGCGGCGCUGGAGGUGGCGGCGCGGUACUGCGGGCGCGAGAUGGACCUGUACGGGCAGUGCGUGGCCGCGCGCCCCGCCUCAUGGCAGCAGGACUGCAGCGACCUCCGGCGCGACAUGGCGCGGUGCGCCGCCGCCCACCCAAUCGUGAGGAAGAUCCGCCACGAGUGUGCGGAGUCCUUCACAGCCUUCGAGCAGUGCCUGGCGGAGAACCAGGCGGCUGUGGUGAACUGCACUGAACACGUCAACCAGUUCCUACUGUGCGCCGAGCAGGUGAAGCUGGCGACUUAAGAGUACUGCCCGGAACCUUCACCUCCAAAAUGGGUGGACGAUCAACUCUCAUGCAGCAUCAUUCCCUGAAAACAGAGUGUGCAAGUUCAUGCACCGUGACGUCUGCCAGCUUCUCACCUUCAAAGAAAUUUGGAUUCACAUUGGGAUGCUAGAACACUGCAGGUUUAACCUGUUUUCCUGGCCUGCCCUUAAAUGCUGCUGCUUGUCAGUGCUGGUGACAGAGUUCUGAACAAUGCAAUUCACCAAUAAUCUAUGCGAAGACUAUAUUAAAGUGACAGGAAAGGGCCAACUCUCUUCUGCACUGACAUGGAGACUGAAGGCUAAACUAGGUCCUUGUCCUGUCUAUGCCUUCUGUGUGCAAUUCUGGAAUACUGAGGGCUGGUGUUCCUUCACCCCAAUAAAAAUUCAUCUUGAAGACCAAA